CAAACCAAGUCCUUCUCUUAGGGUUUUGCCUCGUGAAGAUGGCAGAAACAGCCGAAAAUAAUGGUGGUGGGAGAAUAGAAGAGAAAGUUUGUGAAGACAGGAUCAGUGUUUUACCUGAUGAUUUGCUUGUGUCGAUAUUGUUGCUUGUCCCGACUAAAGAUGCAGUAGCCACCAUGAUUUUGUCUAAACGAUGGCGGUUCGUCUGGACGAUGUUGCCUACACUUGAGUACAAAGAAAACAACAAUGAUGAUGAUGAGAGCAAGAAGAGCGUUUGGUGGUUUCUAAAAAGGUCAUUGGAACUCUACAAAUCACCUUUCUUAGAAAUCUUGUGUAUGGAACACGAUCCACGAUGUCAUACUGAUGCUAGUUUCGAAAAUUUGGUUGCAAAGGCUGUUGAUGGCCGCGUGCAUAAGCUUCUCUGGUCCGCGGAUCCAACCAGAUUACCAAAGAGCCUCUUCACCUGCGAAACUCUCGUGGAUCUAACUCUCUCCCACAAGAUUCUCGUGGAUUUCCCUUCUUCUUGUUGUCUCCCAUCCCUCUUACUUCUCUGUCUUCACUACGUGGUGUAUGAAGACGAGGCAUCUCUCGUUAGGUUCUUAUCAAGCUGCCCCGGUCUUGAGAAAUUGUGCGUGAAGAGAAAAAAGGAUGACAAUAUGACAAAGUUUUGCGUUAAAGUGCCUACUUUAUGGCUUUUAGCGUAUGAUAACUCUGCCUCAUUGCCAGAUGAUAACGGUGGGUGCUUGGUUAUAGAUACUCCGGCAUUAACAAACUUUUACUUGACUGAUUAUUCAGGAGACUCUUGCUCGAUCGAGAAUAUGCCUUGUUUUGAGGAUGUUUCUAUCGAUGUUGAUCAGCCUUUCCCAAAUAUUGACAAGUUUUUUACUUCUUUUUCCACCGUCUUCUCUCUUGAAUUGCUUUUGACCGACGAAACGAUUGUGUGUUGUAGCAAGAUCAACUUCUCUCGGCUCACAAAGUGUAAGAUAGUUCCGUUUGACUCAGACUGGAUGGACUCACUGGUGCCUUUGCUAAACAAUACUCCGAGACUAAAGUCUCUUGUAGUUGAUUAUAGAUCAACACAUCAAUCCCCUAUCGCAUCAGCUACAUGGAGCGAAAGGGGCUAUAAUCCCGAAUGCCUGUAUUCAAGUCUGGAGAAGUUUGAGUUGAUAGACUACGGUGGAAGAGAAGAAGAGGAAGAAUUGGUGGAAUAUAUCCUAAGCACAUCCAGGUGUUUAAAGACGGUGACAAUCUAUCUGAAAUCCACCUUAGAACCUGAAAUCAAGGACACGAUGAUGGAGAAGCUUGAAGCUAUGGAUAGGUUUUCUGGAGCAUGUCAGCUUUUGUUCAAAACCGAGUAUGUAAACAACUAGACGUUGCAGUUGACUGAAGAUUAAUGACUUUUUUUUUACCA